UAGUUCUGAUAUAUCAAACUGCAAAAAAACAUAGCACAAAUUAAACCUAAUUAUAUUCUCAUCUCCAGCUCACAUCCAACCCCUCGACUCAAGCCUACACCCUUACAAACCCUCGUUGCCGUCGCCAACCUUGUUGUCUCCCCGUCGCCGUUGCUGCCGUCACCUUCGUCGUUGCUGCCAUUUCCGUCGCCCUUGCUGCAGUCGUCGUCGCCCUAGCUGCAGUCGCCUCCACCCUUGCUGCCGUCGUUGUCGCUGCUGCAGUCUUCUCAGCCGCUGCAAAGUUGCCUGCGCCCACUUGCUGUCAGUCCUUUUAUUUUCCUUUCAAUAUCAAUGUGGUGGGUGAGUGUUGAAUUUGAGCAUGGUUAAUCUAUUGAAGAAGUGGCAGAAGCUUUAUUGGGCAAGUGUUGAAGCUGUAGAAGCAAGUUGUUUAUGUUCAAUUGAAGAAGAUGUUGAAUUAUGGUGUGUAUUUCCAUGAAGUUAUUAUUGAGUAGAGAUAUGCUUUGAGAGGGUUUUUGUAGAGCUAGUGUUUGAGGAGAGGAGCUCUCUGUGGAGGGAGCAAUUAGCAGUAUUAAAGUGAUGUGGACAAAUGUUUUUAGAAUUGGAAAUCUUAAUCAUAUAUCCUGGUUCCAGUUUAUCCCGAAUGAAUCUGAUUUAAACACUUUACCAGAUAAGAGUACAAAAUUAGAGCAGAAAGAUGCUGCAACAUGGCUUGUGCUUUGGUCUCAUUUGCAGUUGCAGAAAGAUGGAUUUCUCAGUACAUGGACCAAUUCCUUUGUCGGACCUUGGGAUCCUUCUCAGGGUUUGCAUAAUCCUGAUGAGAAAAUUAAGCUCUGGCUUUUCCUUCCUGGACACCACUCUUCUGUUGUUGAGCGCGCCCAAGCUGCAGUUUCUAGAUUAAGGGUUGUUGCAUCUGGAGUUUGGGUGGCUCCUGGGGACUCUGAAGAAGUUGCUGCUGCUCUUUCUCAGUCUUUAAGGAAUUGUAUAGAAAAAGCACUUGUUGGACUUUCUUACAUGAGAUUUGGAGACGUAUUUUCAAAAUAUCACCAAUCUCAAAGUGAAGGACUCUUCAGAAGACAGCCUACGGUUGAGUUCAUCUUUGCUGCCACUGAAGAGGCAAUCUUUGUGCAUGUUAUAAUAUCUGCAAAGCAUAUCCGAGCGCUUUCAAGUGGUGACAUAGAAAGGGUGUUAAAUCAUUCUUCUAACAGUUCUGGUUACAGACUUCCAGUGAUUGUUUCUCCUCAUGGAAUGCGUGGUUGGCUCACAGGAUAUUUUCCAAGUGAUCUUGUCAAGCAAGUAUAUUUCAGCAGUUCCGGCAAAUUUAGGACUUCAAAUGGAUUUAUAGGUGUACCAUGUCAUGUUUCUCAAGGGCCCGGGUGCAUGCUGAGGGGCCAAAAUUGCUAUGUUGAAGUGACACUUGGUUGUCCUAGAACGGAAAGCGAAAAGGGGUUGAGGUCAAACUCAAAUUCGAUCAGGAACUUACCUAAGAUUCAUGUUGUGGAAUCCCCAGCUGUGGGAAGAGGUGAUUAUAAGGGAUCACUGGAUUAUCCUUCUGCACAUGAGAAAACAUUUAUCUACCCAGCCGAGGCAGUUGUUGUUCCAGUCUUGCACACAUCAUAUGCUCGAUCUUCUCUGAAAAGGUUUUGGCUCCAAAAUUGGAUAGGGCCGUCAUUGCCUGCUUCAUCUUUCUUUAUGCAUUGUGGUGGUGACAUAGAUAACAUGGAAGGAUCGUGGAUUGAAUCUAAUGGAGUGCGUAUGCGACAUGGCUGUAAUAGUAGUAGCAAUAGUAAUAGUAGCAGCAUUGGCUCCUUAAGCAGCAGCUCCAGUGAUAGUGAUCCUAAAAGAACCGGAGAAGCUGGUGACCUCGAGGCAGAUGCAGAUUCAUUAUCAUGUAGACAGUCUGGUUUAUCUUCUAAUGAUCAGAUGGAAAUUGAUGGCCCCAAAUUGGGUACUAAGCGUCCUCGUACAGGGAUGCCAGAAUCAUUUGGUCAAAUGGGAGCAAUGAAAAAUAAUUUAAUGCAAGAUGCAUACAAGUCUGAUUUUGGUUCUCUUGAAAUUAGUAAUUCUGCCAUCACAGGAGUUGCAAAUGAGCAGAUUGGAACUCAUUUAGAUUGGGAUGAUGAUGACAGAGGUAUAGGGAUUAAUAUCCAAGCUCUUCUAUCUGAGUUUGGUGAUUUUGACGAUUUCUUUCAGAAUGACGUGCUGCCUUUUGGAGAGCCUCCUGGUACAGCAGAGUCACAGGCUCUUAUGUUUUCUGCUCCAGAUUGUGGAGAAGUUGUUAGCAGUCCUAUUGGGGUAAUGGAUGUUGCAGAUCAAAUGCUUUUGCCUGUGAGCUUUCCAUCAUUUGAGAGCUUUAAUCCACCUCCUGCAGAAGCCAUAGAUGAGUGUGUCAGCAAAAAUCGAGAAAGCACACUUGAACCUUUGACAUCAUGUCCAGUGCAGCACACUCCACCAUCUUCUACAGGUGAGUUUGAGCAUUUGAUCAAAGCUGAAGCUCUGAUGUCCUUUGCUCCAGAAUAUGGAGCUGUUGAGACCCAGACGAGUGAGCUUUCCUCGUCAAUUUUCAGAAGUCCAUAUUAUCCAAAGUCUCGCAAAGUUGAAAGUUCAAAUUCAAGCCCAAACAAUUACAGAUAUGGUGCAACUCCACCCUCAUCUCCUUGCAUUGAUGGAUCAGAUGAGAAGACUAGCAUGACUGUGAAUCCAAAAGCAGGGACUGCACGUGUGGACACAAAGAAAUAUUACACUCAUGUGGAGAGUGGGAAGGAGCAACAUGAUAGAAAAUUAUUCACACAAACUGAUAGCAUUGCUACUAGUGAUGGGAUAGUGCCAUCUUCUUUCUCUACCUUUGAUUCUACAAAUGCUGUUAAAUCUGUUCUGAAGAAAAUGACUGAAUCUGCUGUAGGAUCAGAAAGUUUCAUACUUUCUAUGAAGACUGUGUUGGCAACUGAAGUUGAAUCUCUUAUGUUCCAAGCUUACAUGUGCAGAGUUCGCCACAUACUGUUAUCUUCCUCUAACCCUGCAUCUGUAAGUUUGAGUAGGUUAAGCAGCAGCUCUGUUUUGGGUGACCUACCGGGUGAGGGGAGUACAAUGACAGACAAUAUAUCUAGCAGGUAUGAGGUGAAGAAGAAAGAAUCGAUACCUGUCAGAAUUGCUGGUGAUUUUGAUGGGGGAGUGCUAGAUGGUCAUCUCAAUGCACCUGUUGGUGUUUGGCGGUCUGUUGCAGUUCCUAAAUUAACCAAACCUAGUAAUUCACCAAGUAUUGAAGUCAGUACAUCCUUACCUCAUCAUUCAUUGAAUGAUGAAAGAAUGUUUUCGUAUAAACAUAGGCAGCCACUACAGGAGCUACUUGAUGGGAUGUCAUUACUUGUUCAGCAAGCCACCUCCUUUGUUGAUGUGGCUCUGGAUGCUGAUUGUGGUGAUGGUCCUUAUGGUUGGCUUGCACUACAAGAGCAUUGGAGGCGAGGUUUCUCUUGCGGUCCUUCCAUGGUCCAUGCAGGAUGUGGGGGGACUUUGGCUUCUUGCCAUUCCUUGGACGUUGCUGGCAUGCAGCUAGUGGAUCCACUUUCUUCUGAUAUUCAUGCCCCCUCUGUUAUUAGCUUGCUUCAGUCUGAAAUCAAAACAGCCUUAAAAUCUGCCUUUGGGAAUUUGGAUGGCCCAUUAUCAGUCACUGAUUGGUGCAGAGGCCGUGGUCAGUCAGGUGAUGGAGUUUCCACAGUUGAUGGAUCUUAUGCUGAAUCUAUGUUAAGCGAGUGCAAGGAUUCUUCAAGCACUGUAUGUUUAUCUGUUGGAGAACCAAUGAGUCCAGCCCAGUCUUCUGCUGGUGCAUCUUCUUGCCUUAAAGUUGAUGGUGCUAAAGCAGAUGACACUGGGCAAAGGAGAUUGAGCCAAGAAAUAGAGUCGGAGCAGCUAUCGAGUUCCCGAAGGCCAACAGUUUUUGUUCUUCCUUCCCCUGCUGUACUUGUUGGGUAUCAGGACGAUUGGCUUAAGACACCAGCAAGCUCUUUACAACUCUGGGAGAAGGCUCCUUUUGAACCAUAUGCUUCGCCAAAACCUAUUACUUAUUGUGUUAUAUGUCCAGACAUUGACCCCCUUACUUCUGCUGCUGCCGAUUUUUUUCAGCAACUUGGAACUGUUUACGAGACAUGCAAAUUGGGAACUCAUCAACCUCAGAGUUUGGGAAACCAAAUGGAGAUAGACACAGGGAAGUUAUCAUAUUCUGGUUUCGUUCUUCUUGACUGCCCACAAUCAAUGAAGAUAGAAAGCAGUAAUACGUCUCUUGUGGGUUCAAUAAGUGAUUAUUUUCUCUCUCUCUCCAAUGGCUGGGACAUGACAAGCUAUCUUAAAUCUCUUUCAAAGGCUGUUAAAGCUUUGAAAAUCGGUCCGUGCUUAUCAACAAACCCCAAAGAAGGAAAUACUGGCCCUUGUAUGGUCAUCUACGUGGUCUGCCCCUUUCCUGAACCUAUUGCAGUUUUACAAACUGUCAUUGAAUCUUCUGUUGCUGUUGGAUCAACAUUUCUCUCAUCAGAUAGAGAGAGGAGGCAGGCCUUGCUGAGUCAGGUUGGCAAGGCUUUAAGUUGCUCAGCAGUUGUGGAUGAAGCAUCGCCAUCAAAUGUUCUAGUACUUGCUGGUUUUAGCGUUCCUAAAUUGGUAUUGCAAAUUGUGACAGUUGAUGCCAUUUUUAGGGUUGCGAGUCCUGCUCUAAAUGAGCUUGUCAUUCUUAAGGAGACCGCUUUCACUGUAUACAACAAGGCUCGGCGAAUUUCCAAAGGAUUCUCAAAUGAUGUACAGUCAUCAACAUUGUCUGGUAGAUCCCAUUCUGUCAUCCCACAAAUGAAUUCUAUUCCAGCAAUGUGGAAGGAUUGUGUUGGUCCUAGACUUGGAGGACCUACACUACCAAGAGAGGGUGAAAUGGAUGCUGGCUUGAGAUCAGGUAGUUGGGAUAACUCCUGGCAAACAGCAAGGGGUGGAGGGUUGAGCUGUGAUCCAAGUAGAAAUGGAGAUCUUGUUCUUCAAGAUGAAUGUCGCUACCUGUUUGAGCCACUUUUCAUUCUUGCUGAACCAGGUUCUCUGGAGCAUGCAGCUGCACCUGCAAUUUUUUGUAAUUUAACUGCUGAAUCUUCAAAACUGUUGUCUGAUGAUAGCAGUGGAGGUUUCAUGCAAAGUUCCAGUUCAGCAGUGAGUGCUGAUACUGGAUCUAGCUCUCAACUUGAUGGGUCGGAGCCAGAUGGCCUUGGAGGUGGUUAUCAAAAGACUCUUCCAGGCCUACAUUGUUGCUAUGGAUGGACAGAGGAUUGGCGUUGGCUAGUGUGCAUCUGGACAGAUGCAAGGGGAGAAUUGCUCGACAGCCAUAUAUUCCCUUUUGGAGGAAUUAGCAGUCGACAGGACACAAAGGGCUUGCAAUGCCUUUUUGUGCAAGUUCUGCAGCAAGGAUGUCAGAUACUUCAGGCUUGCUCCUCCCCUGAUAUUGCUGCUGCAAAGCCCAGAGACUUUGUGAUUACACGCAUUGGAAAUUUCUUUGAGCUUGAGUAUUUAGAAUGGCAGAAAGCUAUUUAUUCUGUUGCGGGUUCUGAGGUGAAGAAAUGGCCCCUGCAACUGCGGCGAUCUAUGCCAGAUGGGAUGCCUGCAAGCAGUAAUGGAGCUAACUUGCAGCAACAGGAGAUGAGUUUAAUGCAAGAGAGAAACCUUCCUUCUUCACCCAGUCCACUGUAUAGCUCUCACUCUAAAGGUUCUGGCUUUAUGAAGGGUGGUUUAGGACAAUCUUCUGGAAGAAAACAGCUUAUAGGUGGACACACAGUGGUUGAUAACUCAAGGGGAAUGCUUCAGUGGGUGCAGAGCAUCAGUUUUGCUACAAUUUCAAUUGACCACUCUUUGAAUCUGGUAUUUCAAGCAGAUUCACCUUCUCCUGGAGGAACUCAGGGUGGCAGUGGUGUUGGUGCUUCUGGCUAUCUUGAAGGUUUCACUCCUGUAAAGUCUCUUGGUUCUACUUCUGCAUCUUAUAUUUUAAUUCCAUCACCUAGCAUGCGCUUCCUCCCUCCAACACCUCUUCAGCUCCCCACAUGUCUCACUGCUGAAUCACCACCACUUGCACAUCUCCUUCAUAGCAAGGGCUCUGCAAUUCCUCUCUCAACUGGUUUUGUUGUAUCCAAAGCUGUGCCAUCUAUGGGGAAAGACUACAGAAGCAACUCAAGGGAGGAAUGGCCUUCAGUUCUUUCUGUGAGUCUCAUUGACUAUUACGGAGGUACUAACAUUGCCCAAGAAAAACUCUCUAGAGGGACUGGGAAGCAAGGAGUACGGACUUUAAGCUCAGAAGUUAGGGACUAUGAAAUUGAGAUACACUUAAUUCUAGAGUCUAUAGCAGCGGAGCUUCAUGCCUUGUCAUGGAUGACUGUGAGCCCAGCACAUUUGGAGCGACGAACUGCACUGCCUUUCCACUGUGACAUGGUUUUAAGGCUUAGAAGGCUGCUUCAUUUUGCUGAUAAGGAGCUAUCUUCACAACCUGACAAGUCACAGUUAUAAGGGAGGGUGAAUUGCUGGUUUUCUUAUUUCCUUCUGGAUAAUUAAAGAUGGCAAAAUGUCCAAGUGGAGCUCUGUGGAUUGAUAUAAUCAGGUCUGUCUUGAUGCUUUGGUGUACAAUGAAGCAUAACAUGUUAUUUGUAUAUGUAACAGUAGCCUACUUUUAUCAACUCCCAGAAAGAAAGGAAAAAAAUUCUGGGAAAGAAAUAGUUUAGAUCUAACAGUUACAGUUACAACAGCAGUUGUCAAAAUUGUAAAUGAAUAGGACAGUUUGUUACAGCCUAAUCAGCAUGAUUAGUAGAUUAUAUUAAUGCGACACAUUAAUCCGGUCUUGUAGAAGA